AUGAGCUCCUCUAUCCCAAAAAGCGAGUCCGCCACUUCUCUGCUAAGGUCGUCGGGGCUCAACCGCAGGUCCGCGCACUCGGAUCACGGUCCCCACGGGCACCGGGGUCACCGCUCCCAGCAUCCCCAUCCCACCGGAGCUGGAGGCGGGGAGGAGGCGGGCUGGACGGAGGACUGCGAGCCGAGUGCCCGCAGACCUCUCUGCCGGCCGAGACACGCCGACUCCCGAGGAGACGAUCACCAGCGGGUGCAGAAGAGCCACUCUCACCGGCAAGCCAGCGUGCUGGAGGACGGUCCCCCCCAGGAGGAUGCGAGGCACAGAGCGAGCCGACAUCAGAAGGAGCGCAACAACUCCACCAGGUCCAAACACCCCCAUCCGCAGCACAACUCCCCGAGAGGUGAGCCGCCUCCUGCAGCGCAUCACCAGGGCAGGAGGACCUCUCCGACUCCGUCUUACCCAAAGCACACGGACGACGCAGAUUUCUUCUUCGAGCCCCGGGAGAGAGUGGUCACCGGCUCGUCCUCCAGCCUCAGCUCGGGCACACCUGCCUCCGGUGCACCUGUCCGGCCCGCGGGGCGCCGCACAGCCAAGAGACUGAGCGGGACCUCGUCUGAAUACGACUCCAGUCUCCAUCCCAUAGUGAAGUCAGUGUUCGGCCAGGACCGAGAGCUGAGGCCAGAAGAAAUGGAUGAGUUGCGCGAGGCAUUCAGGGAGUUCGACAAAGACAAAGACGGCUUCAUCGGCUGCAAAGACCUGGGGAACUGCAUGAGGACUAUGGGCUACAUGCCGACAGAGAUGGAGCUGAUCGAGCUGAGUCAGCAGAUCAACAUGAACCUGGGAGGACAUGUUGACUUUGAGGACUUCGUUGAACUCAUGGGGCCCAAACUUCUGGCUGAAACCGCGGACAUGAUCGGGGUGAAAGAGCUGAGGGAUGCAUUUAAGGAGUUUGACACAAAUGGCGAUGGCCAGAUCAGCACGGCAGAACUUAGAGAGGCAAUGAAGAAACUUCUUGGACAACAGGUCGGACACAGAGAUCUGGAGGACAUCCUACGAGACAUAGAUCUGAACGGAGAUGGACACGUGGACUUUGAAGAGUUCGUGCGGAUGAUGUCUCGGUGAGUUUGCCGCAGAUCGAGAGCCGAGGGAAGUUCAACAAGCAGAACGUGAUGGAGAUGCUAACGGAUCUUAAACUUCUGAACCUGACGAUGAACACGAGAUCAAACACAUAUCAACCCCCCCCCCCCCCGGCCUGAAACUGCCACGCUGGAGCACAGAGGCUGACCACUGUUGCCAGGAGCCACACUGUUGAUGGCGAUAUGCUGCUGCUGUUUCUUAUCGAGCAUCAACACAGUCAACAGCUGCAUUUCUAACUUUAUAUAUACAUAUAUAUAUAUAAAAACAAAUAGAAGAAGAAGCCUAUUUUCCUUUAGUGAUGACAUUUUCAACGAUGAUGUUGUUUCUGACCCCGAUGGGCAACAUGACGUUUGUGUCAUUUCGCUCAGACACUAUUUAUAACGGUAGCAUUUAAGAGGAACGCAUUUGCACCAACGACCCAAUGCCAGCAAACCACACACACAACACAUUCCUUUAUAUAAUGCCGAGAAGCACAAAUACAAUUAUAGCAAUAUGGGGAAUAUUCCAUGUGAUCCUGUUUGAAGCUGUGCGUUUGUGUUUUGUGCAUACUGUUUCUCUCGCUGCACCCUAAACUGUAGAGUUAUUAUCUCCCUCAUUAAAUCUUAAAAUAAGUAAAUGAAUAAUAUAUAAUUUAAUAUAUAUAUAUAUAAGCUUAUUUUCCUUUAGUAAAGGCAUUUCUAUAAUUCCGAUGUAGGUAAUGUGAUGUUUGAGAGCCAAUGUUUUGUAGUUAUGUGUAAUGUAGCACUGACGCAGUUCAUUCUGCGCAUCUUACUGUGAAAUAUAUAUGUAACCUUCAGUCUGCAUAAGGUCAACAGAUUCUUUACGACUGCAACAUUUCCUGACUACUGUGAAGGGCCUUUUUAAAAUUCCAGUAUACUUUCCUAAUUCUGAAUAUUACUUUGCAUGAAUACUCAGAAUAUAAAAAAACUGUCUCUACCUAACUCACAGCGGUAGAUUAUCAACAGAGACUUAAAGCUACAGCGGGAACAUGGAGGUUAUUGUUGCUUUGAUUAUUAUCAGAGAACUUUGAUACGUGAGCUUGUUUUGGGGAUAUUAGGAAUCUACUGGUUCUGAAGUGGUUUUCACUUUGGUGCAGCAUUUUCACUUUUAACUUUUGAUACCUCUAAUUCAAUCGAACCAUCAACCUCAGCCAUCAGCUGCCCCUACAGCACAAUCUCUACUUCCAUUUUUCUGUACCCCAGCCCCUCCCCCCCACACCUUCAUCAUCAAUAGUCUAAGCUGCAUUGGCUUCUUCAUGACAAAAAAAGCCAAAGAAAGUUUCUAAAAAUGUUAUUUGAGCCUCAUGCAGUGAAUUAAGAUGAUGCAGUAUGUUCUAGCAAUAUGAUUCAUGGGAUCUUGUUUUUAAAAUGGUUGUUUUUUAGAAAUGCCCUUUGGUUCCUGGGGCAGAGAAAUUCUCACUGACUGUUCCUGACUGGGCAUGGGUAUAUAUGCAUGUUCUAACGCUAAGAUAUUCUCCUAAAGGGAAAUCUGACUUUGUGAUUUUACUUGUCUUAACUGUGGGAAACUAUGCAUGCUAGAAAACAACAGCAAUUUGUAGCAUUAAUAAAGAUAAUAUAA